AUGGUUAUUGGCGAAUCUCGAACAGAGCUAUUACACUGGCUCAACACUGUGUUGGACCUAAACUAUACCAAGGUAGAACAAUGCGGCACUGGUGCUGCUUUUUGUCAGCUAAUGGACUCAAUAGUCGGUAAUGUACCACUCAACAAAGUCAAGUUUGGAGCAAAGUCCGAUUACGAGUCCCGUCAUAAUUGGAAAAUACUACAACAAGAAUUUACAAAACACAAGAUCAACAAACAUAUGGACGUUGAGAAAUUAAUCAAAUGUAGACUACAGGACAACUUGGAACUACUACAAUGGUUUAAAAGGUACUGGAACGAGCACAAGGACUUGAAUGUACCCUAUGAUGCCCAGGCUUCGAGAAGGAGAAUAUUAUCCUCUUCCUCUUCCUCCAACUCCAACUCUUAUUCUUCUCCAUCACUACUUGCAACGACAAGUAACACAAGAACCGUUGGACUGAGUCCUCAUACAAGUACAAGGUUGGCUUCUAGCGGGCCUGGAUCUAUAAGACAAGUUAGCGCACCACUUGCACAACAACUGCAUAAUAUGUCAAAUAAGGGAAGUGUAAGAGUUCUUUCAAACAGCAAGACUUAUAGAAGCAGUCCAACCACUACCAACAAUAGUGCACAUAGUAGCAACAGCAGCUACACCACAGCCAACGACGGGGUAGCUUCAUCGAACUACUCCAGCUCCAACCUAUCAUUAUCAAACAAAGUACGCACAAGAAAGUCAACGACCCCAGUAACUUCAAGGGUCACCACACCUGUAAACCAGAGACCCAAGCGUUUUUCUUCUGCAACAGAAUACGAGAAGCGUGUUUCGUUGCACAAUGGCGGUAAUGGUUCGUCUUAUCAGCAGGAAACACUAGGAGAAGCACCACAUAUACGCAAACAAACGGAACUCGAUACAUCGGGAGGUACCAUGCAUAUAUACAACAAUGAAGAAAGCAAUCAGGAUUCGGAUGAAAGUAACGAUAAAGGUGUUGGAGUGAGUAUUGAUGGAGAUGGAGAUGGCCAAAUACUUAUUGCACAACAGAGCAAAGAAAUCGAGGUACUUGUGGAGGAGAAUAAUGAGUUGAAGCUGCAUUUAAGCGAGUAUAGAGUUUCUUGCGAUACAUUACAAACUGAACGCAACUUCUACUUUAACAAAUUACGAGAUAUUGAAUUGUUGAUCCAAAACAUACAAGCUGAUCCAAGUAUUGUGGAGAAACUUGAUGUGUUGACUUUAACUGCUCAAGUUGAAAAGUUAUUGUAUAAAACAGAGGAAGGAUUCAGCGACCAAACAAGUAACCACGAUAUGGUAUUGGACACCGAAUCGUUCUAG